CGUUGGUUCAGUUGUGAGCACCUCGCCCAAGAAUUCCGAACUGAACCACUUCUGUUGACUCUUACAGUUUAGAUAACACUCCUACGUAGUCCUCUUCUUUUAUUUCUUUUUUCUUGUUUUCUUUAUUCAAUACUUAAACGGACUCUCUCUCCAUGACAUAGCAUCGCGGCGUCGAACUGGAGCUCAACUACACCUCAACACCUCCACGCUCUUUCACGAUGUUGGACCCAAAUCAGAAAGCCGUCGUCAUCGGAAUCAGCGGAUGUUCCUCGAGCGGCAAGACGACAUUGGCUCGACUUCUCCGCGAUAUCUUUCCCAAUACCUUUAUCCUACACGAAGAUGAUUUCUACAAGCCCGAGUCCGAAAUUCCUAUGAAAGAAGGCCUCACAAACUGGGACUGUCCCGAAGCCCUCUCGAUCCCCGACAUGACGGCGGCCCUCGAGCACAUCCGCGCCACGGGCGAGUUACCAGUUAGUAGUACCAUGAAUCUUACCAGACCCUUUCUUUCCCGGAGACACACCCACGGUAGUAGUAGUACUACUACUAGUAGUAGUAGUUAUUACCCUCCAUCGUCAUCAUCAGCAGCAGCCAGCAAAGCGGCGCCGCCCAAACAAAAAACGGGGCCUGGUAAGACCAUCACCACUGCCAAGUCAAAGUCGCUAAGCAACAGUCCGAAACAGCCCACCCUCGACUCCAAAGAAGACCUCAACUCGGUCGGCCCUUGCCCCAUCACCACGGACUUUAUCAACAAAAUCAAAGCCCGCGUGGCCGACUGGCUGCAACCUUCUUCCCCCGGCCAUCGUGUCCUCCACUUAUCCUCUCAUCAACAACAACAACAACAACCCCUCAAAAUCUGCAUUAUAGACGGUUUCCUCCUCUACUCCCCGCCUCCCCUCCUCCCUGCCACUUUGCUCUCCCAAAUGGACAUCAAGCUCUUUUUGCUGGUGUCCAAAGCCAAAGCCCUACAGCGCCGCGAAGCAAGAGACGGGUACGUAACCCUCGAAGGAUUCUGGAAAGACCCGCCGGGCUACGUGGAGAAGAUUGUUUGGCCUGAGUACGUGCGGGCGCAUGAGUGGAUGUUUGAGGGAGGGGAUGUGGAGGGGGGCAAGGUGAAGGCGGAGGAGGUGAGCGAGAGGUUGGGAGUUUUGGUCAACCAGAAGGAAGGUGAAACCAAAAUGGACAGGGACUUUGGAGAGACGUUGGAGUGGGCGGUGGAGAGUAUCAUGAGGGAGUUGGAGAGGUUGGUCCUGGGGCAGGAGGAUAAGAAGGAGGAAGGGCAGAAGGAGGGGAAGAAGGAAAAGGAGGAAGAGGCGAUUGCGCUGAAUAGUUUUGCGAUGAAGAAGAAGUGGGCGGCGGCGCAGAGGGAGAGGAAUGCGCGGGAGUUAUUGAUUAAGGAGGCGCAGGAACAGCAUCAGCAGCAGAAGGAAUGAUUAGAGAAUAGGUAGCAAUGCACUUAUCGUUAAGACGAAUGCUGUUGAUGAGGAACCUUCUACAAAAGGCACUCACGUUCUCAUCAGCCAAACGUUGAUGCCCGUAUGUACGAUAUGCACAUAUAUGUCAUCCAUGAAAUGUCCCUUGGCAGGACCAGC